AUGUUUCAUCUAGCAAAGGCAAUUGGCUCGGUUGCAAAAGCUGCGCGGCGUUAUGUGCCAACGAAAAAUUUUAAUCGUACUGCUGCGUUCACAAUCCAACAGCACUGCCACGACUGUGUGGUCAUUGGAUCUGGAGGAGCUGGGCUCAGAGCCGCUGCUGGCCUCGCUGAAGCUAAUUUCAGUGUAGCUUUGGUAUCCAAGCUAUUUCCGACUCGGUCCCACACCAUCGCUGCACAGGGAGGCAUGAACGCCGCUCUUGGAAGUAUGCACAAAGAUACCUGGAAGUAUCAUUUUUAUGAUACCGUCAAAGGCUCAGAUUGGUUGGGCGAUCAGGAUUCAAUACACUAUCUGACUCGAAAUGCUCCUACAUGCGUUACAGAGCUGGAAAACAUGGGCAUGCCAUUUUCAAGGACAAAGGAAGGAAAGAUAUACCAAAGACCUUUUGGAGGCGGGACUAUUAACUUUGGUAAAAGUAUAGCCAAACGAACAUGUGCUUGUGCCGACCGUACCGGCCACGCUUUACUUCAUACUUUGUACGGAUACUUAACGCAGUUUAAGCAGGUCGAUCCAUUCUAUGAGUACUUUGUGAUGGACAUCCUUGUGCAAGAAGGGGAGGUAGUUGGAUGUCUUGCAAUGGACAUGAAUGAUGGCAGUCUUCACAGUUUUCAAGCAAAGAACACGAUAAUAGCGACUGGUGGCUACCCAAGGAUGUAUUUCUCAUGUACUGCUGCCCACACUUGUACUGGCGACGGUACAGCAAUGGCCACCAGAGCUGGUAUUCCUCUUCAGGAUAUGGAGUUCAUCCAGUUCCACCCGACUGGCAUGUACGGGUCCGGCUGCUUGAUGACUGAAGGUUCUCGAGGAGAAGGAGGGUACCUAGUGAAUAGUGAAGGCAAACGGUUCAUGGAGAAGUAUGCUCCGAAAGCUAAGGAUUUGGCUAGCCGUGACGUAGUGUCUAGAUCUAUAGCCACUGAGAUUCGUCAAGGUCGUGGAGUAGGACCUAAGAAAGAUCACGUAUACCUCCAGCUCCACCAUCUUCCUGCGGAGCUGAUAAGGGAAAAGUUACCCGGGAUUUCAGAGUCAGCGUUCACGUUCACAGGGGCUGAUGUAUACACGCAACCUGUACCCGUUAUACCCACUGUGCAUUACACUAUGGGUGGCCUUCCUAUCAACUACAAGGGCGAGGUCUUAAUGUACCAGGGGGGGAAAGAUUGUACAGUUCCGGGACUGUUUGCUGCCGGUGAGGUGGUAACGAAUGCUCAUGGAGCCAACAGGCUGGGCGCUAAUUCAAUACUCGACGUCGUGGUAUUCGGGAAAUCAAUCGCUGAAACUAUAAAAAAGAACUAUAAACCAGGUGACAAACAAAUGACCUUGAAAAGUAAUGUCUGUGAUUGUUCUCUUGAUAAUUUUGAUAAAAUUAAAAAUGCGAACGGCUGCGUUCCAACCCAUGAACUGAGGGAAGCCAUGAGACACACAAUGCAGAACAAAUGUGGAGUAUUCAGAGACGCCAAACUAUUAAAUCAAGCGGAUGAGGAAAUUCAAAAAUGGUACAAGGCUUAUGAAGAUAUCCAAGUAGUGGAUAAGCGAACGAACUGGAAUACAGACCUAGUUGAAACUAUGGAGUUGCAAAAUAUGCUGCAGUGUGCUGUGCAGGUGGUGGCCUGUGCUAAAAAUAGGACGGAAAGCAGAGGAGCCCACUUUAGGGACGAUUUUCCUAAACGAGAAGAUGAAUUUGACUACAGUAAACCAACGGAGGGUCAGAAAAAAAGACCAUUCGCGCAGCAUUGGAGGAAGCAUUCGUUGUCUACUAUAGACCUGAGCUCAGGCAAAGUAGAUAUAACCUUUAGACCAGUUAUUGACAAGACUAUGAAUGAUGAAGUCAAGUGGAUUCCUCCUGUACCUAGAGUCUAUUGA